UGAGGUCGAACCGGGAAGUAUCGUCACCGAUUGAUCCUGCACUAUCUUAAGGAUUAAAAACAACUUCAGCUUGGGAAUAUUGAACUGUGGCAAGGCAAAGAAGCAACUAUGAUUUUUGAUAUGACGUUUUCUAGAGCUUUUCCAGCCAUCGUGCUGGUCACUCUUCUGUCCUUGACCAUCUCUGGAACAAGCCUAGAGGUGUCCAUUACCAGAGGGGGGACAGCUAGAAUACCAUGUCCAUUUGGGGAGGGCACACCGGAAGCCACGCCACAAAACAUCUUCUGGUACUACAGCGCUGAAUCUGGUUCCCAAGAGAUCUUGACUCUAUUCGAGGGUAACGUAACAAUAGACGUUGCCUACGCCGACAGUGCUGCGUUAGAAGAAGACAAUUCCACCUUGAGCUUGAAAAAACUGACGGUCAAGGAUGAAGGAACUUAUCGUUGUGACGUGGGCACAGAAAGACAAACGCCAGUGUACCAAACCAAUAACACACUGAAAGUAUACGGCUUAGCCCCGAAUACUUCUCCAGCAAUACUACAGUGUUCUCAAAGACCACUGAACAGUUCAACCUGUAUGCUCACUGGACAUGGACCAACCAACCUCACCUGUGAAUUACCCAACGUCUACCCGAAAACCAAUUUCUCCUUGGGGUGGUAUCACGAAGGGCGUGGUCCACUUGGAAGCCCCCUUUCGAUUACGGAGGCCAGGGAAGACGGAACCUUUGACCUGAGAACCAACAUUGAAGUGUCUGAGACUGGGACCUGGACAUGCAAGGCAUCGUAUCUUUCUGUCGAGGGCAAGGAAGAGACCACGUCUUCCAUAUCGUUUUCCCUACAAGACAAACUAGGUAAUAAUUCCCACUUUGUUAGAAAUUCUCAAGGAUUCGCGUCUGGCACUCACCGGAUUUAG